AUGACCUCUCCCUGUGACAGGUUUAGCGACUCUACCUCGACCGUGCGGAAACUCGACCUCCGUAGCCCCCGCCGCGUCUGGGAGUCAACUUCCAAAUCCAAAUACAAGGGGGGCCUGUAUUUCGACAUCCACGAAGACGCACCGGGCAAGAUGUCACCCGAUCGCCACUCCCCAGGGUCCUAUAGCGACCUCGGAGAAGACAAGGAAAAUCUCUUUGCCACCGGCUCUGACUACCAUUCUUCCAUGGAACCCGACACUGAAGAUAGGAACAUUGACUAUGACCGUCUCAGCGAUGACCAGGACGUCUUUGGAUUCGUUGUCCCUUACGCCGAUGCUCUUUCUGAGCUCCCCGUCAACGAAGAGGGACAAAUUGCGCGCCCUGUCCCAUUUGUUCCUAAUCCUCCUGUCCCUACCGAGACUGUUCGCCCUGUGGUACGAAUGGGGAUGCAAAUGCGAGACGAAGAUGAAGAUUCAGUUGAGCAAUGGGGUACUUGGGAGGAUGCCUUGAACCCUGACCAGAUUCGGGAACUGCGACGCCUGAGUGAUGUCUUUAUCCGUGGAUCCCUGCAGCGAGAGGCUCGUAGUCGCCAGUACCCCAUGCGAGACUAUGAGGAUGUUCAGGGCUCGGCCAACAUCUUAAUGGAAGCUCGCCGCGUCACUGAGUAUACACGCCACCAGGUUCGUCGACGGGCCUCUGAGGGAGACGGGGCUUAG